AAAACAAACCCACUCAUGCUGAGGAAAUUGUUAAAGCCUUGGGGGACAGAGAGAAAAGGCAGGGAGAGAGAGAGAGAGGGGAAGAGGGAGAGAGCAGCGGAUUCAGUAGGAAACUCCCUCCUUAGUGCUUUUCAAAAGGCAAAGGACGGACUAAAAGAGUGCACCCAGCGAGCUUUAAGCACAGCCUGCCAGCAAAGCCGAAGAUUUAAUAUCCGCAGGAUCAGGACUUCAGUCGGUUUGCAGCAGUUUACAGUGAGCUGUGCCAUCGAUGGGGAUAGUAAAGAGGAGGAGUUAAAAAUCAAGGUAACCAUGCAAGUAGGAGGAGACCAAUGGGGACAUUUCAUCCUGUUUAUAUUGGCUUUGCCAGUAAUAUUGGUGGUCCACAGAGUCCAGGCCUGUCGGACUGGCUCAGGUUCAGAGUGUGAGAAAGCUUCUUUUGUCCCUGGCCACAACCUGGCAGGGGAGGGUUUUGAUGUGGUGCGGAUGCGUCGAACAGGAGCAUACGUCAUCAACGUUAAAGCUCAUCUGGCCGACAACCACACGUGUACACUGUGUCCCAACCGCUUCCAACAAGGACAGGUUCAGAGGCUUCCUGCAGCGGUGCUCGACUGGCGUCCCUUCAGCCGCUGCAGCAAGCAGAUAUCCAGUGCCCUCCACCACUCUGUGGACUCUCUGCUGCGCAGCUCCAGCUCGAUGGUUAACAACAACUGGAAUUUGGGUUUGAGCCUCAAUGAUAUUGGCAAGGCAGUGCUGGGAGGAAGUCGCUCCGAUUUGGCGAAGUUUGCUCGUUCGCAGCACAGCGUGGACAAAGCCACUUUUGCCAUUCAUGAAAUCAGCUGCACCUACUACAGCUACAGGCUGGCGGAUCAUCCCCAGCUGAGUGCAGAGUUCACAAAGCAUCUAAAGAGACUCCCACAGACUUUAAAUACAAGCCAGGAAAGGGCCUUAUACAGACGACUGAUAGACACCUACGGAACACAUUAUAUCCACCAGGUCCAGCUUGGUGGUAAGGUGAGGCGAAUCACUGCCUUCAGGACCUGUCUGGCCACACUGAAGGGCUUCACAGAGACCGAGAUCAAAAACUGCCUGAACGUUGAACUCCGCAUGGCUCUGGGUUUCGUUCCUGGCAACGCAUCGUUCUCCAAUAAGUGUGACAAACUCCUUAAGGGCAAUAUGAGCAUGGGCUUUUACCAAGGCUUCAUGACCCAUAAGAUUGAAGUCAUUGGGGGGGAGAGGUACUUCCCUGACAUCGUCUACCAGCAGGACCCACUUGAAGCGUACCAGAGCUGGAUGAACAGCCUCCAUGACAACCCCGACGUCGUCUCCUAUGCCAUCUUCCCGCUGCAUAAUUUGGUAGACGACCCUCAGAUCAGUGCUAAUCUGAGAAGCAUGGUCACGGAGUACAUUACAGAGAACCAGCUGAAGGAGGACCAGUUUGGAUUCAAAAACUGCUCCCCGACUCCCAACCUGGACAAUAACUGCUGCCCUUUGAGAGCUGGAAGAGGAACUCUCAGUCUGAAGAUCCACAGAGCUGCAGGACUGAGGGCGGACACCUUCACCAAAACGGACGCCUACGUGAAGAUCUUCUACAACGGCAUAUACGAGGAGACUGACACGGUGAUGGAUGACAAUGACCCAGUGUGGAACGCCACUUAUGGCUUUGGCUCAGUGGAACUGGGUCAAGAGUUGAGGUUUGAAGUCUGGGACAGGGAUGUGUUUUAUAACGACGUAGCAGGGAUAUGCGUGGUCAUUCCUGAGAGAGGGACUCAUUCUCUUAGCUGCCAGCUGCACAAAGGAGUUCUCUAUUUCACCUACACCAUCAAAUGUGAUCCCCAUUUGACAGGGUUCAGGUGUGGACGAUACUCGCCCAAUGCUGAAUAGUUCAUUAGUUCGCGGAAAGUUAGUGUAGAUGUUGAGAUGGUCUUGAUGUAUAUUGAUCUCUCGGGGAGGUCUCAUCCCGUUUGCAGUGCAGGCAUACAUAAUUUACAGACCAACAACCUUAUACUAUACCUUAUACUACUAUACUACUUUAGAGGACCGUGCACCUGGCAGUGGUACCAGAAGCACAGAAUAGCAAUAAAUCACUCCUGCUCCAUUUUGGAUUUGAUUAUUUCCCACAUUCCUGUAACCCUGUAUGGCCCACAAAAUGAUGACCAAUCACAAUAUUACCUGAACAUCAGUGUUAACAAUAUUGUUAUGAAUUAAUACCCGAAUAAGAGUGAAAUAUCGGAAAGCAGCCUCAGAUGGCACGUUAACCACGUACUUUGGCGAACGUUUCAAACGCCAGUUGUUUCCUAUGUAAAUGUUGCAUAUUAACCAACAUGUGUCAGAAUCCUUGUGCAUUCAUCCUUCAUUGUAAAAUAAAGAAACUGUAAUUUGGGUUGCUGUCAUUUUCAGUUCAAAACACCCCUGAGUUCUUUUAAGCCUUGUGUAAUGACGUACAUUGAAAAUUAAUUGAUUUAGAUCGUUUAGGCAUCUUUUAUACGAACGUUUAGUAACUUUAGAAUAAUUUAUGUCAUUGAUUUACAAAUGUGACCUGUAACAAAUGUAUAUAACUAUGGACAAUCCUGUCAAACCCAGAAAAGCCUGCUGACACAAAAAUAUAAAAAAUAAAUUAAAGAAAUUAAAAGAUCA